AUGUCGGCUGCUACUCUAUAUAAGAUACUCAGAAUGAUGUUUUUGAAGGUGAUGGUCAUUUCUAAUACAGAUGAUAAGAAUGAGAGACAGCUCAAAGAUCUUAUCAUAAAUGACAAGCAGGUAUGGAUAAAUCUCAUAUUUCUCCAGUCAUACAGAGUCUGUUUAUGGCAUCUCAAGCACGGCCUGCACCUCUACAUAGUCUAUGACCUACAUGAGGCACGUGAUUAG